AUGGAUAGCAAUCUACAAAUAAAGGGUAUCAAAUUAGAUAUGCAGCAGAAAUUUCCACCUGACAAUAAUGACGGUUGGAAACAUUUACUGUCUUCAGCAAAAGUGACACCUGCUCAAUUUACUCGAAUCAAUCAAGAAACGAAGGAGAAAUAUUUCAGUGAAAAUGCUACAAUUAUUGAAGAUUCGCUUGACACAUUAUCUGAAUAUAGAGUUUGUAACCAAUGUGGAAAACCUAUAAAAUUAUAUGCAUUAAUUGCACAUUUAGAAAAUGGUUGUAAGAGCAUUGCAAAGGAAAAUAAUAAUAGUAAUAAUACGGUAAUCAACUCUUCUACUUCCACUACUUUGAGAGAUAGUACACCUGAUAUAAGUUCGAAUGUGAAGACAUCUUAUGAUGACAACCCACCUGUACAGAAUAAUGUAGUAUCAGGUAAAAGUAUGAAAAAUCUCCCAACGAAAAGACCUCCACCGAGUGAUAAUGAUGACGACGAUGACGAAGAUGAUGACGACGACGACGAUGAUGAAGACGAUGAUGAAGACGACGAAGAAGAAGACGAUACAGAUCAAACCAAUGGUUCUAAAAAGAAUAAUAACUCGACUCGUAAAACAUCAAAAUCACAAUCAAAAUCAAAAUCAGAAAAGGACAAUAAAUCAACAAAGAGACAGAGGAAGGUGAAACAAAGAAAUCCAACUGACAAGCAUUUAAUUGAUUUUGAUAAACAAUGUGGUGUCCAACUUCCAGAAGGGGGGUAUUGUGCAAGAUCAUUGACUUGUAAAUCUCAUUCAAUGGGAGCUAAGAGAGCAGUUGAAGGUCGUACCGAGCCAUUCGAUACAUUACUAGCAGAAUAUCAUAAGACUCAUCAAACUAAGAUUGGGGCAGCAGCUGAAAAACGUGCUAAACAACAAGAAUUGUUGAAAAUACAGAAACAAAUUCAAAAAGAACAAAAGGAACAGAAGAAGUUAUUACAACAACAGAAAAGACAAAAGAAAUUAGCAAGCAAACAAAAGGAACCGUCAUCCACAAAAGGACGAGGUGGAGGAAGAACUAAAAACUCUACCUCUGGUAAAAAUGGUUCUAAUGUGCCUAAAUUGACACCAGAGGAAGAAACAACUCAAGUACUAAACGGAGUCUCAAGAGCGUUCCCAUUACCCUUAGAAACUACAACGCUGUCAUCUACGAGGUACAGAACCAAGUAUUUCAGAAUGAGAGAAAUGUUCGCAUCGUCAUUCCCAAUUAGACCAGGCUAUUCUACUCCUGGUUAUGGUUCUAUUCAUUCGAGAGUUGGCUGUCUGGAUAUAGAUAAAAGUACAGAUUAUAAGUUUCGUAUUAGGACUCCGCAACCAAUGAACCCACCACCUCAACAAACAUUAACUCCACAACAGAUACAAAAGUUACAGCAACAUAGAAUGAUGCAAGAACAAAUGCUAGCUCAACAAAGGCAACAACAACUACAGUUUCAGCAACAACAGCAACAGCAACAGCGACCCAGCCAAGGUGUAGGUCAACCACAAAUGGUAAACCAACAAUCCGGACUACCAACAAAUUCAUCUCCAUUACCAAACGGACAACAAGUUAAUAAUAAAGCUAAUAUGGAAGGGGACAAAGGAUUGACUCCACAAGAAAUACAAUUACAACAACAAAAACUGCGACAGCAACAAAUACAGCAACAAAAAUUUGAAGAUGCUGCUUUCCAUUUAGCUAAUGCCACAAAAUUAAUGGAAGGGUCAAAUAUUAAUAUAGGUGUCCCAUCAUCAUCGUCAGGAACGAACACUAACUUAGGAGCUGCAUCUCCAAAUCAACAACAACAACAACAACAACAACAACAACAGCAGCAGCAGCAGCAGCAGCAGCAAAUUCAAAUACAGCAACAAUUGCGACAACAAGUCGGAAGUCCUGUGAAUGUAGGGAUUGGUAAUCCUGUUAAUGGAUUUGGUGGAGGGUUAAUUGAAUAG